UACGGUUUCAAAACAAUCAUCAUAUGUUUUGUGUCACGACUGUGUAUCCACUGUUUGGUUUCACUUUCCGAAGUUGUUUUUAAAUGUAAAAGUAGUGAAGUGCCUUUUGGGGAUGCGUACUUAUGCGUAAUGCUAUGUGUUGCGUGAAUUUCAAAACUAGGACGUUCGAUUAAGUAAUUGUAUUCGACAAAUCGUUGUGUUUAAGUAAGAAUUUGUACUUAACAAAAGAAUUCAGGAUGACAUGGAUCGAAGAAAAAUCGAAACAACUACGUGGCAUGUUCAAGUCAGAAACCAUUCCUCCAUUUGACGACGAUCUCGAAACACCAGAACAGUACAAAGAAAGAUGGCGCUCAAUAUACAUCGUUUACUUUACGAUGUUCCUUAUAUCCUUAGGAUUCAGUAUUAUUGUUACAGGUGUUUGGCCGUACUUAGAUAAAAUAGAUCCCACAGCAAGUAAAGAGUUUAUGGGUUUCAUAAUAGCAGCUAACCCUUUCGCACAGAUGAUCUUCUCCCCAUUGGUGGGAUGGUGGACCAACAGACUGGGAUCGAUCAGAUUACCACUGAUAUCCUCCUUAACUGUGUUCAUGAUUUCAAGUGCAAUAUAUUCCUGCUUGGAGAUUUUUCCCUCCCACAGAAAGCACUGGAUGCUGUGGUCCAGGUUUUUAGUGGGCGUUAGCUCAGCAAGUGUGACAGCAUGUAGAUCCUACUUAUCGGCAGCAACUCGUUACUCAGAACGAACAAAGGCAGUUUCCAUGAUAUCCCUAGCACAAAUUAUAGGCUUCAUCGUGGGACCAGCAGUGCAAGCAGCUCUAGUGCCACUAGGAGGCGAAGGAGUUUGGCUGAUCCAAGACAGGCUAAAACUAAACAUGUACACAGCUUCUGGUUGGUUCAACGUCUUCCUAACGCUAAUCAACAUGUAUUGUUUCUUCCCAUCGAUGUUCAAGGAACACAAAAUAGCUGUCAAAGAAGCAUUGGUGCAGACAGGAAAAGACAACGCUAAAGAAAUGUGGAAAGAAGAGAAUAUUAGUUACGUUUCGGCUUGGUCUGCCAUCAUUGCCUUCUUUGUGCUAGUUUUUAAUUUUAUGUUGCUAGAGACAUUGGGCACUCCACUUACCAUGGAUCAGUUUGCUUGGUCUAAGAGUGAAAGUUUGUGGUACAUGGGAAUUUUAAUGUCAGUGGGUGCAGUAGUGGCAAUCAUGACGUUUGCCUCCAUCGCUCCAUUGUCUCGUAGAUUUUCAGAAAUUAAAAUCAUGAUAUGGUUCGGCUUCUUCCUGAUGGUGCUAGGUCGCUUUAGCAUGAUCCCUUUCUCAGGAGAUACGCCCAAAAUAUACGAUUCUAACUUCAAAUUGGAAUUAAGCAGCUACUGUGAUACAAUAUUCAAAAACAAAUCAUCAGAACUUAACGUAACCAGAAUACAAGAGACGUUGAGUUCCUUCGGAGUGUACUUAGAGUAUAACGCGAGAAACGAAAGCGCAGUAAGGAAUAUGACAUUGAAUUGCGGAGAAGAUGUGGUGGGAUGUCCCAGCAAUCAAAAAUGGUGUAGUUAUACGCCGGCGAUGGGUUUGGCCCAAUUCAUUUUGGGGUACAUGUUUACGUCUUUCGGUUAUCCUAUUGCUGUUACGUUGCUACAGACAAUAUUUUCUAAAUUAUUAGGAUCCAAACCUCAGGGCGUCUGGAUGGGAUUCAUGGUAGGCGCUGGCUGUCUCUCCAGAGUGAUGGGACCCAUUUUUGUAACUUACAUCUACGAAGAAUACGGAACAGUUUGGACUUUCGGAUUUACCACCGUCAUGAUGAUUGUGUGCCAAAUAUGGCUACUGUGGAUUCAGAAAAGUCUAAAUCCCGAUUUAAAAAAAGACGAAGCAACAACCGAUCAAGAACUUCAAGAAACUUCUAAAUUUGCGUCCGUCGAUCUAGAAGUAGAAAACGGAAUACAAAGAAAUUGUGAUAAUGUACAAUGAAUAGUACAAAACAUUUUAAAGAUGUUGGCAGUACGAUAUAUAUGCUGGUGUCCAGUGACUGAAAAUUUUUUAUAAAUAUUUUUAUAAACAAAUUUUAACUUUUUUGUGUCAUACAUUUUAUUAUUUUAAUAAAAGAGUACUAACUUU